UGUUGAUGCAGAGUGAACCUGAAGCAUCAUGGACGCGGUGGACUACAGAGACCAUCUGAGAGUUUCAGCAGGAAGAAUGAAGUGGUGGAAAGAGGUGGACAUGUGGAGAGGCCCGGGGCAGCAGAGGAAAGAAGAGGAUGAGGAGGGUGAAGAGCUGGUGGAGGUGCUGCUCCGAGGCAAAGCACCCUGGGGUUUUACUUUGAGGGGAGGCACAGAACACAGAGAACCUCUGGUCAUCACAAAGGUGGAGGAGGGCAGCGUGGCCGCGUCAGUCUGUCUCCGGGCCGGUGAUAGGAUGGUGAGUGUGAAUGCAGUUCCCCUCAGCGGCUCCCGACAGGAGGCCAUCUGCCUGGUGAAGAGCUCUCAUAAGACCCUGACCCUGGUGGUCCGAAGGAAGAAUGAUCCAGGCUCACUGCCCCAGUCCUGGCACUCCUCCAAGCUGACAGAAGAGGAGUCAGAGCAAGCCAGGAAAGACGCCACAGCUCCAGUCUGGCAGCCAAAACAUGAAGCAAGGCCAAAAGAUUUGGCUGAUCCAGAGGACCAGGACAACCAGCAGCUAACCAACCAGAUCAGCUCAGUGAACCACAUGGAGAAACUGGAACGCCCCUCUCACCCCUACCCACCCGGUCGUCUCUCACCAAAUAAAUACAACAGCAGUGCUGAGCCAGGAGGAAAAAGAGACUCUGGGUUGAGCUGUUUCUCUGGUGGCUCCAGCCCUCCUUUUCAUGACCAUGGCAUGUCUGGUAGGAAGGGCACCAGCACUGAAAACAUUUUCUUUAAAGGCUUUCAGAGUGAGGGGCCUCAGCAGGCUGAGCAGCUGAGGUAUCUUCAGCUGACGCUGGGUAACGGAGGCUGGGAGGGGGAGCAGAAUCCCUCUCGGGUGUCCAUUGCAGGGAGACCCAAUAUUGGCCCGGUGUGGCAGGUACCAGAGAAUAAGAAGUCUCAGUCUCCUCCUCCGCCGCCUCCUCCCCUCCGCAGUGACAGUUUUGCUGCAACAAAAGUGUUCCCUUACUCUGAAGGACCAAGUGGUCCAAAGGCUCACGGCAGGUCAAUUGAAAAACUGACUGAAAAUAACACUCAGAAUAGCUUCAGAUCUCACCAGGAGAAAACUUUAGAGGCCAGACGUAGCUUCAACCCCCUGCCGACCAAAGACUUCCUUCAUCCUAACACAGCAGCUGAUCACAACCACAACCAGCUUUAUCCCAACAAACUCUUCUCCCUGUCCAGCAAUGACAUCAGACAGUCCCAUUACACUAACUUACCUUCACACCAGAGGCAAUAUAGUGAUGAAAGCCCCCUCUACCUGCAGACCAGGACAGCGCCUCCAACCAAGAUUCAGAGUGUAGGAAGCUACUAUCGCAGCCUGCAGGAUUUGCCCACAAAUGCUUUCAGUCGUAAACAUGUCCGGCAUUCCACAGCAUCGAUGGCAAGUUCUUUCGCAAAGCAAAACCUGGAGAAUGGGGGGCACAAAAGAAACUACAGUCUGACAAGCAAGCAUUUGGUUCAGACGGCUGAGCUCCAGACAAGGCGGGGAAAAGCAGAGGGCAGGGCAGGGGACGCAGAGAAACCCUACUGGGUAAACAGCAAUGAACCAGGCAUCCCAAGUUCCUUAAAGACAAAUAUUAAGGCAAAGUAUUCUCUACCUCAGUCCCAGAUGCCUUUCAGUGAAAAUAAGGAGCGCAGUUGCCCCUCCCAUCUGGGAAACGGUCUUUAUUUCGACCACCAAACAUCUGAAUUAUCUGUUCAAAGCCGCAGCCCAGAGGAUGCUGCAAAGACAAUUGAAGGACACUCUAAUGACGUGAGUAGAAACCUCCAGACGCAUCAAAGCAAUGAUCAUAAGGUCAGUUUUACAAGGCACCAAGACCCAUGGGUGCCUCAAGAAGAUCAAAGAAUAUCCCCACAGAAAACCCCUCUUCUCCACUCCUUAGCCCAGGAGAGCAGGACUUUGACUGAAAGGCAACUAGCAGCAGGGGCAGGUGUGAUGUCCAACCAGGAGGCCAGUGACAACAUGGCCGCCAGCAAUGGAAAAACAAAUCGACGCAGUGACCGCUAUGCUACCACUCUCCGCAAUGAGAUCCAGCAGAAGCGAGCUCAGCUGCAGAAGAGCUGCAGCGCCGCAACCCUGACCUGUGAGGCAGAGGAUGAGGAGACAGAGGAGUGGAGAUCUACAGAGAAUUCUACAACUUCUAGUGUCUCUUUCUCCAACACCUACAAAGACCACCUGAAAGAGGCACAGGCCAGAGUCCUCCAGGCUACCUCCUUCCAGAGACGAGACCUCGAGCCUCUUUGGCCAGAGGCACCUUCGGUUAAAGCCACAAACGGGCGCAUAAGAGGACGUAAGCGCUUUCCCCUGGCCAAGAGGACGCACUCCUUCUCGGAGCCUGACAAGAUAGACAAAGUGGGAGUCGAGGGAGAACAUCAAACGGUGUCUUUUGGAGAGCCAAGGAAGUUCUUUGAUGCCAAACCGGAAUUUUCCAGGCCUGUGCUGAAGAUCAGUCAGGGUACAAACUCGAAUGGAGACCUUGAAGACACAGGCAAAGAAAAAGACAAAUCUCCCUCUGAAGAACCGGAGAACGCUCAGCCAGCUUCAGACCCCAUGCUCCUCAGCCCCGGACAGGCACAGGUCUUACUAGAUCAGCAGAGGCUCGGGACCUUUGCUGAGUACCAGGCCACGUGGAGUAAACAGAAGAAGUCAUCAGAGGUCAAGACGCAAGGAAGGUACCACUCAGCGGAGAACAUCUUAGAUACAGAUGCUGAGGAGAAGGCUGUGUGCAUCCACGAGAGAUCUCGAUCCUCUCCAUCUGCAGACUUCUAUGCACAGAAUAAUUCUUCAUCUUGGAGAGAGUCUCAGAGCCAUCCGAGCAGCUAUACGACCAGAGGAACAUCGGAGAGCAGGCUGCGAUACCAGCCUGACCACAGCCCACAGUCUGAACCGCCAGUCCCCAGGAUCGAGGGCCAAGUCCCAGGCCUCACUGACCACAGGACCAAACCAGAUACUGCCAGUCCCUCCCACACCACACACUCUAUAGGCCCUCGCAGCCUCAGCCCCAACACAGGCUCCCAGCUUCCACAAACCAAGAGCCUCCUGCCGCCGCCCAGGCCCCAUUUAGGCCUAGAAACCACAUCCUCCUCCCAAGAAUUCCUCCCUGGCGCCCAGGCCGACCCGACAGCUCUGCAGCCUCUGUCCAUCUCCAGCUCCAACACCCAGCAACAUGCUACUGCCCAGAACUCCUCCAGCGGACCCGCCCAGGCUUGCUCCCCUCAAACAAUCAGAACAUCCACAGCAGACUUGAGCAGAAGAAGCGUGGAAGAAAACAAGGAGGAGGAGGAGAAGGAGCAGCCACCUUCCUCCUUAUCCCAGUCUUCCCCCUGGACACCGGCUUUGUCUCUUUCAGCAGAUGGAGUGCGGUCUCCCUCACCUCAGUUUGCACCACUGAGACUCACUGACAAACCGCCAGCCUUGUUCGUGCAAGAGGACUCACUGUUCAGGUCAGAAAAUGAUUUGAAGCCUCCAGCUGAGAUGGAUGUGAACAGUCCGGUUAGAAAAGUCCCCGUUAGGAUCGUCCACACUGAGAGCACCUCAGAGCGGGAGGGCAGAGCCUACCUACCUCAGAGCCGUGAGACAUGCAGUGUUUUGGAUCUGCUUCCUCACAUCCCUACCCUCAGCAUCGUAGAUCGCCCGGCCUCGUCCCUAUUUAGCGUCUACAACCGGCAGACUGCUCAGGACCUGGUCUGGACAAUAGUCCAAGAGUCAGUCACUGAGACAAAUUCCAAGGGGUUUGGACCAUCAGAGGAAGACGCCAAGAGAGAAGAGCUGGCCAGGGACAUCAUGGGGAAAGACAAAUCCCUGGUGGAUAUCUUGGAUCAAAGUGGCAGGAUGACCACCAUGGACCUAAUGGAAGGACUCUUCCCCACAGAGGAACAGAUCCGGGAGGGGGCCCACCAGCGCAGAAGGGCCUCUGCAGGCUCCAGGCUGCCCACCUUAUCCCCCAGGAGCAUGGAAAGAAGAGAGGAGGAGGACCUGUCUGUAUCAGCAACAUCCUCCCUGGUCCCUAGCUCAUCCUACUAUAACACAUCUGCUCCCAAAGCCGAGCUCCUCAUCAAGAUGAAGGACAUGCAGGAGCAGUUGGAGGAGCAGGACUCUGAAGACGAGCUAGACGUCGACCUGGCCAGUAAAAAGCAAGAGCUAAUCUCCAGCCUGGCGGGGAAGCUGGAGGUGCUGCGGGAGGCGCGACAGAGCCUGCAGGAUGAUGUGGAGGACAACGAGGCUUUGGGCCGCGAGGUGGAGGCGACCGUGCAGCGACUCUGUCAGCCCAACCAGCUGGACAAGUUUCGCAUGUUCGUUGGUGACCUGGACAAGGUGGUGAGCCUGCUGCUGUCUCUGUCAGGGCGACUUGCCCGGGUUGAAAACGCCCUUAACAGCCUGGAGGAGGAAGCCCCGCCAGAGGAAAAGCGAACCCUAACAGAGAAGCGUAAGCUGCUGAUGCGGCAGCACGAGGAUGCUAAGGAGCUGAAGGAGAACCUGGAUCGUCGGGAGCGGCUUGUUUACGGUAUCAUGGACGACCACCUGGACACAGAGAGCCUGGACGACUACCGGCACUUUGUAAAAAUGAAGUCAGCCCUCAUUAUUGAACAGCGUAAACUAGAGGACAAGAUCAAGCUGGGCGAGGAGCAGCUAAAGUGCCUGGUGGACAGUCUGCCGCUGGAGCAGAGGCCGCUGUUCUGAUACUCUCCACCUGACAAAGCCACUGGUCCUGAGGUACAAGAAGGUUAGGGUAUCUAUUUCUUGUGUUGCUACAUGUAGCACUUUAAAAUUAAUGUAAUUGUUAAAUUGUGUCAUAAUUGAGACUACUUUGACCCUCUUAAUCAUGCCAGUGAAAUUGUUGUUGGCUCUCAAAGUUAAUACGUCAUAUUCCAUGUGACUGUUUUUGAUUUAAUGAAGAAGAAACUAAGGAGCCUCGGGAACUGGAUUGGAAAAAAAAUUGAGAAUUUGUAGUUUGUUUAAUCUGAAACUCCAAGAAGCUGAAAGUCAUCUCAAAGAUUUUCUCACUUUGCUUCUUUUUUUUGCAUUUAUUCGUCUAUCAAGCUCAAAGUAUUUAAGAUGUACUGAUCUGACUUAUGGCUUAUUUUUAUCUGUGUUUGGAUUAUCAAACAAGAAAAAUGCUCGUGACCAGCAUUUCGUCCCAAUCAGUCACAAGCAUUAAACUUAAAUCUGUGUAUUUUUCUCUGAGCCCUGUUAUGUAGCCCAUACAGUUGAAGAUGUGAAAGUGAAACAAAGUUCAAACCAAAAUGGCGUUUCAACCAUAAUGUAAAAGCAGAACUUUAUUUAUCUCGAUCGAACAGUGUUUCCGGACUCGCCGACUUUUUGUUGUAUUUAAGCUGCAUGAAGCGCUCACUUCCCUGGCUGGGUUUGUAAUUAAUUUUCCUCACAUGUUUUAGAGAACUGUUAUCUAGUAAUUUAUUGUAGCCUUUUUUGGAAACUUCCAUGGAGAAAGGGGAAAUGUUUCCCCUGUAAUUUAUUUUGACUCAUGAUGUACUUUUUUUGUCUAUUAUGAAAUGAAGAGUUUGCUUCUAAAAUGCUAUAAAUCUGUUUGAGGUUAAAAUUAACUUUUUUAUUUCCUGCUUUACAACAAGCCUCCUCUUCCUCUAUGUUAUUAUGUAUCUUUGUAUUAUAGGGGAUGUCACGUUUACAUAUGAUGAAUAUGUCUUUUUGGAGUGAAACUCUCUACGCUAGAAUAAGAAGUGAGCGUGAUAGCUUUACUUUUUUCUCAUAAUGACGAUGCUGACUGGUUCCAGCAAUAAAGAAGAUGCUCCUUACGUUUGCUAUAAAAGAAAAUAUUAAUGGUUUUGUUGCCUGUGACCUCACAGAUUUAAUAUCAAUCGGUGCUUUUAGCUUGAGCCCCCAUCUAAAAAACAAUCUCACCACUUAUGGACUCCUGGCUGAUGUAGCUUUUCCACUUGCUCUGAGUGAAAGACUGAGGUGUUUCUGUGGAUGUUUAUCUAGAAGUUUGCACUUUACUCUCUGGUUUGGGACUCUACAUAUAUAAAGAUAUAUUUGAAGAUGUGCCUACUCUAUUCUCCCAACCACUGUGAGCUACGUGGACGGGUGUGGGAAUGCCCCAGGGUUUUGUGAAUGGCCUACACACAUUAUGUAUGCAGUGCAAACUUUCACCAAUUUUCAAAGCAAUAAAAUGAUCAAGGCAAAAGA